UAGAAACAUAAGCUGUAUCUCUUUUUCCCCUAUUUUAUUUCCCCGAAAUAUUUCUUGUGGCCUUUCAGGUACCAUUGGAAAUAGAUUCAAAAAGAUUGGUUUGGAGAACGAAGAGGAACAUCGAAGACGCUACCGCCAACUUCUUUUUACAGCUGGCGAAAGGCUUGCAGACCAUAUAUCUGGAGUGAUACUUUUCCAUGAGACCUUCUAUCACAAAGCGGAUGAUGGGGUUCGACUGGUUGAUCAUUUGAAGCGGAUUGGCAUCAUUCCCGGAAUCAAAGUGGACAAAGGCGUGGUCCCAUUGGCAGGUUCCAUAAACGAGUGUACUACUCAGGGACUCGAUGGUUUGGCGGAGCGUUGCGCUCAGUAUUAUAAAGAUGGCGCUCGGUUUGCCAAGUGGCGUUGUGUGCUGAAAAUCGGUCCACAAACUCCAUCCUAUCAAGCUAUGAUGGAAAAUGCUAACGUGCUGGCUCGAUAUGCUUCAAUAUGUCAGCAGAAUGGAUUGGUACCCAUUGUCGAACCAGAGGUUCUACCUGAUGGUGAUCAUGAUCUGGCCACAGCUCAGAAGGUUACCGAACUGGUACUGGCUUUUACCUACAAGGCACUUAUGGAUCAUCACGUCUAUCUAGAAGGCACUCUACUCAAACCAAACAUGGUUACCCCAGGUCAGGCAUGCACCAAACGUGCUUCCCCUGAAGAAAUAGCCUUAGCUACGGUCACGGCAUUGCAACGCACAGUGCCAGCCGCUGUUCCUGGUGUCACAUUCUUAUCCGGUGGUCAAUCUGAAGAGGAAGCGGCGGUGAAUUUGUGUGCCAUUAACAAAGUGCACGGGAAGAAACCAUGGAAGUUGACUUUCAGUUACGGACGUGCUCUACAAGCAUCCGUGCUGGCCGCAUGGCAAGGAAAGCCAGAGAAUGUUGUCAAAGCGCAGAAGGAAUUACUUAAACGAGCCCAAGUAAGUAAGGAUCCGAGUUAA